AAAAAGGAGAGGGGAGAUUCCCAGUAUCCCUUCCCAUUCCCAUUAUUAUCAUUACCCGACGAAGCGACUCAAAUUUCAGUUUUCACUUUUCAACUUUCAACGGGUUGUGCCGUGCCCCACUUCCCCUCCGCUUCAUUUUUUCCUUCCAAGAUUAGAGCAUCACCCAACACCAAGAUUCUAAACAAGACUUCCAAUUUCCAGAGAUAAUCAAUCUGUGGCAUUCCAACAACACCUCUAUUCCCUCUCCGUCUUUGAGAUCCUUCAUCUCAACAAGGUGGGCGUCUCUCUCUCUCUUUUCUCCCUCCUCUUCCUUUUCCAGUUUCCCCUCUCAAUUGGCGCAUCUUCAGUGUUGAUUAAGAGGGCAUGGAGAUCGAUAAAGCAAUCAGAGAUUGUGACGAUCGGAGGCUCAAGACCAAGUACAAUAACGCCAUCUAUGUUGUUAAGAGAGCUUUGUCUUUAUAUUCCACUGAAGAGGUCGCUUUCAGCUUCAAUGGCGGGAAAGAUUCGACUGUUUUACUGCACAUACUUCGAGCUGCAUUUUUCCUGCAUAAGGAGGAAGAAGGCUGUUCUGUUGAUGGACUCAAGGAAUUUCCUAUUCGAACAAUAUAUUUCGAGAGCCCUUCUGCUUUCCCUGAAAUUAACUCAUUUACUUAUGAUAUGGCAACUAACUAUGGCCUGCUAAUGGAUAUCAUCCGGACAGAUUUCAAAUCUGGCUUGGAGUCUUUAUUGAAAAAUAGACCUGUCAGAGCUAUUUUCCUUGGUGUUCGUAUUGGGGAUCCUACCGCGGUUGGCCAAGAACAGUUUUCCCCUAGUUCACCUGGAUGGCCACCAUUUAUGAGAGUGAAUCCCAUUUUGGAUUGGUCGUACAGAGAUGUAUGGGCGUUCCUAUUAACUUGCAAGGUUCAGUACUGCAGCCUUUAUGAUCAAGGAUAUACUUCAAUUGGGAGUAUACAUGAUACACUUCCAAAUGCAUUGUUGUGCAUUAAUAAUUCCACUGGAAGCAAGGGGAAAUUUAGACCUGCAUACUUGCUUUCAGAUGGAAGGUCGGAAAGAGCAGGGAGAGCAAAACGGUUUUCACCUUCUGUGCUAAAUCCUACGAGUAAUGGGGCGAGCAAUGUCGAUUUGCAGAAACAAAGCAUGCUCACUGCUUCGGUGAUCGCUGUUGGAGAUGAGAUCCUCUUCGGCACUGUUGAGGAUCGAUUGGGACUCUCACUGCGAAGAAAGGUGCACUCUAUUGGUUGGUCUAUAUCACAUACUUCCAUUGUCCGGAAUGAUAUAGAUUCUGUUGCUGAAGAAGUAGAGUUAAGAAGGUCUUCCAAUGAGAUGGUGUUUAUAUAUGGAGGAGUAGGCCCAUUGUUUUCUGAUGCAACUUUAGGAGGUAUCGCAAAGGCAUUUGGGGUUCGACUGGCUCCUGAUGAAGAAUUUGAAGAAUAUCUCAGGCAUCUUAUAGGGGAGCAUUGCACCGGUGACCGAAAUGAGAUGGCUCAGCUGCCAGAAGGGAUCACUGAAUUAUUGCAUCAUGAAAAGUUGCCUGUCCCGUUGAUAAAGUGUCACAAUGUGAUAGUUCUUACUGCAACAAACAUGGCGGAACUGGACUUGCAGUGGGAUUGCCUGAUUGAAUUAACAAGAACUGGUGACCUUUUCCCAUUGUUGGAACCAUAUAAGUCAAAGCACUUGACCACAAAACUUUCAGAUGUAGAGAUUGCUCCAUCUCUGGCUAAACUCUGUCUUGAAUUCCCAGAUAUACACAUUGGGUGUUAUCGAGAAUCGAGAUCUGGGCCGAUUAUUAUAAGUCUGAAAAGCAAGAAUGAAGAAAGAAACGAGUUAGCUGCAGAAGGGUUGAGCAAGAAGUUCCAAACCGGGGCGUUCUCUGAAAUCGAAUUGCAUUCUCCAGAAAUCUGAAGGGCUAACAUUUGGAAAGCUGCAAGCAAACAGCAGGCAUUAUUACGAAUAUCAGAGAGGAAACCAGAAGGGUUGAUAAAGAAAGAUUAAGGAGAUGCUGGAAUGAAAAUGUAACAAGGAAGGAGAGAAGAUUAAGAAAGAGAUGGUGUUGGUGGUAGCCAUGGGAGAGACAGGGAAAGGAACUAUCCAAUCCAAUCUACUGCUUUUGACAUAUACAAUAUAUAAUAAAAAUGAGUACUCAUUAUUAUUGUUUUCUGGGUAGGAAGCCCCAAUGAAGGAUGUUAUAAUUUUGAAAUUUACGUGUA